AUGGAAAUUAUCCCACCUCAUCCAUUGGCAAAGCUGCCGCGAUCCACAAGGCCAGAUGCCAUCCCUCAAUUCGCUGUGGUCUCCGCAAGUCGUCAAGGAAUUCGGAGGCGGAGACAAGAGAUUUGUGCAGCCAUUGAUGGGGACUCAUUAAGUUUAUACGAGCUUAACAAUGGAAGCAUCUUGGCCUCAUAUCCCGUACCACCCGCAAGUUCCUUCUCCGGCCCUCCUGUGUCAACGGUGGAAAAGCAAGAUGGAAGUAUUCACCGCCGUACAUACUGCGCCAUCAAGCGUGAUACCCUUAAAAUCCAGUACUUUCAGAGUCAAGACCAAGACCCACACCAGCCCAAAGCCAUCACAAGCACCGAUUUGAAUCAACAGUACAGUGACAUUGUGCUUCUUGACCUGAUUAGCGGUGCAAACGAUCAACAAAAGCAGGUGUUUGUGCUCCAACAAGAUGGCACCAUCACAAUAUUUUCAGAAGAUCUUGCUCAGACCAUCACAGAAACAUCUAUUUCAACCACCAAGUCGAUGCGAAUAUUGGCUGCCCAACAUUUAUCCGGGACAGAAGCUGGGAAGAGUGUUCUCAAACAGAGACCUGACCUGGUUAAUGCGGCAGCUCCAAAUGCCUCUUACCUUGCUGUCGUCUAUACAACGUCCAACGAUAGACAAGUCAACCUCGAGAAGCUCUACUAUGCUGUCUAUGCUAUUGAAGAGUCGACCCGAGAUGACAGAGUCCGAUCGCUUUCUGAGUGUAGUCUUGGUAUGAACGGGCGCGAAACUAAAUCGAUUGAUGUCAAAAGUGUCUCGUGCACUUUCAGCUCUUCGGUUUCACAUCUUCAUCUGCGAUUUGGCGGCUCGCUCUUCACCUAUGCUCUCUCAGGGAUUUUGCCACAGCAGACAUCUGUGCUCCAUACUGGCUUUACCGGUCCCUCCGAGAUACUUGCAAUUUCUCCUGUUUUUGCAAUAUCCUCACACCAACGGAAUUUACGCUUGUUUGAUCUGAAGUACCAGACAACCCAAGCUCACGUCGACCCCAGCAGAUCCGCUCUAAAACGCAAACGGAAUCAAUCAGGAGCAGAGCCUCCAAUUGAGUUUGUCACCUACAUUCCUAAAUUAGCUCGUAUUGUUGGAAAGUGCCGAAACCAACUCGUUGCCAUCGACAUCAUCGCGAAGGAAGACCCCAAGAGGCUGUUGAGAGUAGGGUCAAACCUCAUCCAAAAUAUUGGUCAAACAAUCAUGGCAUCCGAUUCGCACUACGAGAUGAAGACCGGGUUGAAGAACCUCACCAUUGGUACCAUUGGCCAAGGCAAUACAUCCGACGACGAGUGGCAAAACUCACGUAGACAACUGGACCAACUGGCGCAAAGAGGCGACGUUGCAGGAUUUGAGGAUGCUUUCAUCUACGAAGUCCGCAAACCAUAUCUUGCUCUGUCAUAUACUGGCAACAUGGACGAUGAUUUUCCAGCAGCCAGUAUUCCCGACGUCAAGUCCAAAUAUUUGUUGACCAAGAUCUUUCGAUUGGAGACAGCCUCGGCUGGCGACCGUCCGACACACGCCAACAUCAUCCUCAGGGUACAACUUCCAAGUGUUCGCUUGAUCUUGUGGCUCUCCAGGUUAGGUUUGCUGAGCACUCGCUUGGUGCAAACAGCCAUGCAUGGCACCACUCCAUAUGCCAUGGGCGAAUUUCUGCAACCUGGUGCUGUAGCACAAGCUCUACUGGCACUGGAUCCCACACUACAGCUUUUACAAAAAUGUAUUGAAAAUGGAUUCAGCCACUACGUUGAUGAACAGGCUGCCACUGUGCAUAUGCUGAUCACACAAGCACUUUCAUUCCCAGGAGAUGAAAUUGAGGAUCAAGGGAACGGAGCUCCCAGCCACGAAGUCAUCAAACUGGCCGAGACACAACUUCAGACAACUGGGGACGAUUCGCAGACGAGCUGGGUGCCAGAGCAGGUCAAGCAAGCGCUUGUUGCAGCCUUGAACAGAUUUGGCUCCGCUGCAGUAUCAACCGUUACGCCAAUUCUCAAAAAAUCUUUCAGUCAAACUGAGAUCUUGGCUCUCAUUCAAUUGUUACGGCAGCAACUUUUUCAAGGUGGUCAUACGCAAUCCUUCCGAACACUGGCACUUUUAGAAACUGAUGACAAAGUUGUCGUCAGCCUUGAAGCAGUGGUUAGAGUGUUAUCCUGUUGUAUUGAUAGCAUUGGCCCCCUUGGGUUGAUCGGAACUAUUGACAACGAAGCAUUUGUUGAUAGCAUUAUUCCUGAUCUACUUUCAGAGAUUGCGAGUACCAAAGAAAGCCUGGAAGAUGCGGCUGAACUUCAAGGGAUCCUUCGAGAGACACUCCGUUUCCACGAGUCGUUCCAGAGGAACCGGAAGGGAGAUGCUCGCUCGAACCUAGGCGCUGGCAAAGAAUUGAAACAACAACCAGGCACGAUUGUGACUCUGUACUCAGAUCUUGGAGAAGGGAUGGAUGGACCGGGUGAGGGACGAAGCCUUCCCUUGAGCCUGGGAGUCGACACAGCCAUCAGUUCUCACAAGGUCAGAAAAGGAGGUGGUCAAAUACUACGUCGAAGUGCACGGGAGAAGAAUAUGCUCAGACAGAGACAGAAAGGACCCUACUCGUUUGAGCGAUUGGUCUUGUAG